UUUUCCCGCCAAGAAAAAGAAGUUUUCUGGUCCAAAUAAAACAGUGGAAGAAGAAAAGGAAAAGGGAAGCGAAGACGACGUCGGAAACGGGAUGCACGGAACACCGGGAGAGACGGAACAGAUAAUAGGAUACGGUUUGGGAUCCGUAUCCAUGGACCCGUUCGGGUUAAUGGAUAUACUUGACACUUACUUUCCUCAGCAACUCUUCACCAUCGAAGAAACCUGGUUCAAUCUCACUUCUGCUCUCGUUUCCUUCUUCUCUUCGCCGACGGGACAAAACCUCGCUUCUCAGGUGAAAAAUGAUUAUGGAAACUAUGUCUUGUCACUUGACUUGGAGCAGUUGAAAGGCUUAUGUUUUAUUAAGGAAUUUUAUGAAAUAUUAAAGGAGAAACCUAAAAUUGCUCUCUUAUGCAUGGGUGCUGCCGUUCAUAAGGUUUUGCUUUCCAAAUGGAAAUAUCACGAUCUGGAGCUUGGUGCAAAGGUAGAUAUUCGUCUUCAUAACUGUCCUGAAACUAUGAUUGCGCUGAAGAACUUAAAAGCAGCUUACAUUGACAAGCUUGUCUCAGUUCGCGGUACUGCUGUGAAAGUCAGCACUGUCAGGCCUCUGGUGGUGGAAAUGAGUUUCGAAUGCUGUAAAUGUAAACAAACAAUAACGCGUAUAUUUCCUGAUGGAAAAUAUUCUCCACCAUCUACUUGCAAUUUGAAUGGCUGCAAGAGCAAAAUCUUUAAUCCGUUGCGAUCAACUGCUCAAACUAUUGAUUUUCAAAAAAUAAGAGUUCAAGAAUUAUUAAAACCUGAAGACCACGAAGAAGGACGCGUGCCUCGAACAGUGGAAUGUGAGCUUACUCAAGAUCUUGUUGAUACAUGCAUACCUGGAGACGUGGUGACUGUUACUGGAAUUAUUAGGUCAGGUUCGGAUAAGACAUGCCUUGCAUUGGGCCAAGGUAUGUGCAUUGAAUCACGGGUUACCGGAAAAAUAGCAACAGAAGCUGAAAAAUACUCCAUUCAGCUUGAUGUUGACGAGGGAGGAUGA